GACGUAGGCUAUCUUGGAUCAUCGGGUCCCGUCGAAAAUUCGCCAGCUGCUUUCCCGUCUACAGUUCGCCGACCGUUGGCUUCUCCUCUAUCCGAUCCUCUUCGGUUACGCUGACCUCAAGAGUUCUCUUUAAAACGUCCCACGUCGGUCACACCAGGUUCGCGGUAGAAGUUGUUCUACGGUUUAUACGUGAUUCUAAAAAGGUAUUGUAUGAGUCAAAAAAUAGAAAAACCGAUAUUAUCAGGUCAACGCAUAAAGACCAGAAAAAGAGAUGAAAGAGAAAAAUAUGAUCCAACUGGGUUUCGGGAUGCGGUGUUACUUGGCUUGGAAAAAGCUGGUAACGACUUAGAAGCAAUUUCUAAAUAUCUGGACGCGGCUGGUUCCAAGUUAGACUAUCGUCGAUAUGGGGAAGCACUGUUUGAUAUCAUGAUAGCUGGAGGCCUUUUAGUUCCUGGUGGUUCUAUUGCUCUAGAUGGUGACAAACCGGUCAAGACCAGUGCAUGUGUUUUCGAGCAAUCAGAGGACAUGGAAUCCAUGCGAAAUUUCGAACAGGUCUUUAUCAAGCUCAUGCGACGUUAUAAAUAUUUGGAAAAAAUGUUUGAAGAGGAGAUGAAGAAAGUAUUGGUCUUUAUGAAAGGAUUUUCACCUAAAGAAAGGAUUAAGCUAGCUAGAAUGACAGCACUAUGGAUCUCAAAUGGUUCUGUGCCACCCACAGUUCUCUCGGUUCUGAUCAAUGAGCAUCUUGUUAAAGACAACCUGGCAUUAGAUUUUCUAUUGGAAGUCUUUGUUACUUGGAAACAGGAGAAGGGUUUAUCUAGUUUAAUGACAGCUCUGAAAAAAGGAGGCAUUGAGGGAAAGUUGAUGGAAUUUGUACCACCAAAUAAACGAACAGAAGAGCAUUUCCGAUCUGUAUUUGAAGCAGUAGGACUGGCAGAUAUUGUGAAAUUACACAAGGCUCAAGCCAGUCAGGAAGCCAAACGAGAUUUGCAACAACUUCUUUUGGAUGACUUAGCAGAGAAUAGGCCAAUGAAAGAUAUAACAUUAGAUCUCAAAGAAAUGGCACAAAGAAGUUGCAUUCCCGAACACGAAGUGAUUGGAUUGAUUUGGGUUGUUGUAAUGGGCCAAGCUGAAUGGAACAAAAAAGAAGAAUUAGUUGCUGAACAAGCACUGAAACAUCUAAAAACUUAUACUCCAUUAUUCGGUGCUUUUACCACCACUGCCAGAUCUGAACUCGCACUUAUUCUCAAGGUCCAGGAGUUCUGUUAUGAGAAUAUGAACUUUAUGAAAGUCUUCCAGAAGAUUGUUUUACUCUUUUAUAAAACCAAUGUUGUAUCAGAAGAUGUAAUAUUAAAAUGGUAUAAAGAGGGUCAUUCGGUUAAAGGAAAAAUGCUCUUUUUAGACCAAAUGAAAAAAUUUGUUGAGUGGCUACAGAGUGCUGAAGAGGAAUCGGGAUCAGGAGAAGAAGAAGAUUAAAAA